UCACGAUAUUGCAUCUUAUUUUCGCCUUUUUUUAUACGACCAUAAAUUUAUAAAGCACGGAAACAUGAGUGAAAGUGAAAAUGAGCCGAGUUGUAGUAACCAAAUUGCCCAAAUUAAAAGAAAAAAACGAAGUGCUAAUUUCACUCCCAACGAGACAAUUUUGUUAAUGUCCCUCAUUAGUGAUUUUAAAAAUGUCUUAGAAAACAAAAAAACAGAUGGAGUUUCUAUGCAGGAAAAAAAUAAAACCUGGAAAAAAAUCACUAAUGCAUUUAAUUCAGCAUGUCCUGAAGGACGCCACCGAGAAACAGAUUCUCUUAAAAAAUUGUAUGAUAAUAAAAAAAGAGAAGUUAGGAAAGACAAAGCUGAGGAAAGAAAAGAAGUGCUAUUGACUGGCGGUGGGAUAUCAACAAAAAAAAUAAGAGACCCAGCCCAGGAAUUAAUUUUAUCAAUUGUUGAUCCACUAUCGAUUGUUGGAGGUACUAGCCUAUAUGGUUCAGAUAGCUUGCCUCUCAAUAAUGUUACAAUUCAUCAAGACGAUUUCUCCUUCGAGCUGGAAAAUCUAGAUGACAAACAUGAAAGCGAAAAUAAAACUGUAAUAAAUGAGGAGAAGAAACAAAAAAUUGAUAGAUGUGAGCUAGAAGAAACUGGUUGGAAAAAAGGGUCAGACUUACUCAGACCGAUAUCGACACCUUUAAAAAGGCCCAGAGAAGAACUUCCAUCACAUAGUCUUGACGAUAUAAACGUCAGAAAUGUAAAUAAUCCAAUUCAGAGGCCGCUUAAUAGAAGAAGACCAACUGAAACUGUUGUGAGGAGCCUGGCCUCAAACCAGCUGGCUGAAAAGUACAACAUACUGGCUGACAAAAAAAAUUUGAUUGCAGAUUAUACUUUGAAAAAAAUUAAAAAAGAAAUAGAGCAAUCAAAUGAAGAGCAUAAUAUGAGAAUGAAAGCUCUAAAGUUAGAUAUUGAAAUAAAAACUAUCGACAUUCAAAUAAAAAAACAACAAAUUCAUAAUUAAAUCAUUCAUAGCAAAGUGAUGUUUUAUUUUUUAAACUGUGACCUAAUAUGUACAUAUUCAAGUAAAAAUUUUAUUGCAAUACCAUUAUUCAACUUAACCUACACUUCUAAUUCUCUAAAAAAGUUAAUAAUUUCCUGUUGGACAUGAUUUAUAUUGAAAUUUCUAACUGCAGGUAUGUUUACAUUCUCGGUUUCUAUAAUGUAGUUUAGCUCAUUUAGAUUCAUGUUUUCUGGUGGUGGUGGUUCUGGCUCGUUCAUCUGUCUAGCAAUAUUGUGCAGCACUGUUGUUGCAAUUAUUAUGGCUUUUGUUGUUUCUAAAUUGAGCCUUAUUCCAUACGCUACAAUGGGAAAUCUUCUCUUCCAUAUUCCUAUAAUCCUUUCAAUGAGAUUUCUAGUCCGUACUAAAGAUUCAUUGAAUAACUGUUCAGCUCUUGGUACAGGAUUCACUAAUGGCGUAAGCAGGUAGCUUUUUGU